AUGGAGAAAACCACCACAAAAAUGCGCAGACUUGCCCCCUUCACCAGCCUUAUGGGCGCAGACCCAUCCCUUGACAGUCAACACUGCUUCGAAACCUCCUGGCUCCUCCCACCACUAGCCUACGCCAUUUUCCGCGGUGCGAUCGCGCUCUACAUCUUCGUGACCAUCUUCUUCAUCUGGGGCUGGAACGGCACCCAUGGCGACCGCGCAGCUAUCGGCCAAUCCUUCAGCUACUUCACCUGGCUGACAUACUGGGGUCUGGGCUUCUACCACAUUUUCGCAUGUAUCCAUACCACCCUCUAUGCGCUGACCGGUCGCUCGGUGCUCUUCGAUCGCUGGCCCCGUGGCCUGCGCGCCCUCCACAGUCUCUACUAUACGACCAUCACGACGUUCCCGUUCCUCGUCACGAUCGUUUUCUGGGCGAUUCUGCAUCCGUCUUGGUUCGACGUGACUUUCAAUGCGUGGUCAAAUCUCUCCCAACACGGCCUCAACUCCCUCUACGCCCUUCUGGAAAUCAUCCUCCCGGCGACUAAUCCCCACCCGCUGAUGACGUUCCCAUUCCUCGUGUUUCUGCUCCUCCUUUACGUCUCUCUUGCCUAUUUGACGUUCCACACGCAGGGAUUCUACACGUAUUCAUUCUUGGAUCCUGGUGAGCACGGAGAGAAGAGUGGCAAGGUCACUGCCUAUUGCUUUAUCAUUCUUGCGGCAAUUGUGAUUAUCUUCGGCAUUACUUGGUGUGUUAUGUGGUUGAGGAGGAAGUUGACCGGGGGUAAGGUGAAGCGGUCGAAGUUCGAUCAUGAGAGACCGAUUGAGAUGCGGGAGACGGAGGUCUAG